AUGUUUGCUCGACCAAGCUUGUUCUUUACGAAGAAUACGAUGGUAUUGAAAGUUCUAUCUCAAACCAGAGUGUCUAGGGCAUCUAUUAUACCAGUCCAGAAGCCUUCUAAUUUUUCAUCGAUAUUUUCAAACUUGAGAUUUGUAAGAGGACAUUCUUCUAUGACUUUAAGGAAUGGGGGAAUAGAGCAGUUCUCAAAAAAUGCAUCUAUUAAUAUUAAUUUUAAUAAGGAAAGCAAAGUUGUAGCUAACAGGGCAGUUGGUUACUGGUUAUUAGGAACUUCUACUUUAGUGUUUGGUAUCGUUGUGUUAGGAGGCCUUACAAGAUUGACGGAAUCGGGAUUAUCUAUCACUGAGUGGAAACCAGUAACGGGGGUUCUUCCUCCCUUAAAUGAGGAGCGGUGGUUGCAAGAAUUCAUGAAAUAUCAAGAGUCACCCGAAUUUAAGCAGCUAAACUCGCAUAUAACGUUAAGCGAAUUCAAAUUCAUUUACAGUAUGGAGUGGGGUCAUAGGCUUGUUGGUAGAUUCAUUGGAUUAUUUUUUGUGCUCCCUGCAUUAUAUUUUUGGAAAACUGGUAAGUUUAAUUCACUCACUACUAAACGAGUGGUAGGGUUAACUGCUUUAUUGGGAUUGCAAGGAGUCAUAGGAUGGUGGAUGGUUAAAUCAGGUUUGGAUGAGGCUCAAUUAGCAGAAAGAAGAUCUAAGCCGACUGUGUCUCAAUACAGACUUACUACCCAUCUUGGGGCAGCCUUUUUGAUGUAUUUGGGUGUUUUAUGGGCAGGUAUGGAUGUAUUAAAUGAAAAUAAACUCAUCAAGGACUCGAUCAAGUCUCCUGAGUCUUUGAAAAAUUUUUUAUCUAAAAUUCAGAAUCCAGCUUUAAAAAAGUAUAGAUAUAUUGCAACAGGUUUACUAAGUUUGACUUUCCUAACGGCUUUGUCGGGCGGAAUGGUUGCUGGCUUAGAUGCUGGAUUGAUUUAUAACACUUUUCCUCAUAUGGGUGAUGACUAUUUGCCAACUAUUAACGAAUUGAUGUCGCCAAUAUUUGCGCAUAAGGCUGACAAGUCUGACUUGUGGUGGAGAAAUCUUCUUGAAAAUCCUACUACAGUUCAGCUCGUUCAUCGUUGUUUUGCGAUCACAACUUUUUUCUCUGUUUUAGCUGCUCACGUCUCAGUUGCUAGACAUAAAGAGCUUUUUCCAAAGGCUGCUUUAACGCUGAAUCGUAUCCUAAUGGGAAUAGUAACCCUUCAAGCUGCCCUCGGAAUUAGUACUUUAGUUUAUUUGGUUCCAAUUCCCCUCGCCGCUGCUCACCAGGCAGGUGCCUUAGCUUUGUUGACUUCGUGUUUGGUAUUUUUGACCAAAUUGAAAAGACCAAGAGCUCAAGUAGUAUCUUACAUUAAUAAAUCGUUGAAACAAAAGCUUCUCAAGAAGCAAUGA